CGCAUGCUCGACGUCAUUCGACUCCUUCCCUUCAGGAACUGCAUCGUGCAGGAACGAUGCCUGGCGAGUGACGCCGCGGCGGACAAAUGCAGCUCACGGGGACCCGCCAGCCUUUCGCCGCAUUUUGCAUGUAAUCCGGAAUCGGGGGCAAAGUGGUGCUGCACGAGAGGCGAAAAUGAGGGAAAAUGAUAGAGCCACGUUAUGUUUCUUAUUGAUAUUUACGCUGUGCACGAGAGUUUACUCGGCUAACGCCAGGCACAUAAUCACCAAGCGAAACUACAGUGACCAAAGCGUAAGAGGAUAUCUAGCGGAAAGGACCUGUUGGUGGAACGAAGUGUGCAAGGAAGAGUUUCACAGUAAGUUCCGAUGUCGUUGCCCGAGGUGGUCCUAUUGUCGUGCACCAGGAAGAUAUUAUGACGCACAUUGCAGUAUGACACGCACAGGCUAUAUAUGGACCCAACCGGAAACAUCGUUGAGCCUUGAGAUCGAUAAAUGAAUGGCACUACCCCGUGUGCCGCAAAAGAAAACAGGGACGCCAAUACGGAAUCAAAUCUCAUUCAUUCAAAAUCAAAAUCUACGAUUACGCACGACGAUCAUUACGGUUUUCGUAAAUGGUUGAUUCACCGGUUAAGACAUGGCACGACUUCGUUUCGAAUGUAAUUUUCUAUUAGCAGCUUCGCUUGGGGCAAAAAGGAGAACGUCGCACGAUGAGUGUUAACGAGAGUUCAGAAAGCAGUUUCGCAUGCAGAACACUCAAAUUUGACUGAGAGCAAUAUUAUUUCUGUCAGUACAUCUACGAACACUUAUGCUGCCAUGAAUUUACAACUACUACGUUAUAAAUAAACUCUCAUUGUGAUCGCUAUUAAUAAAGUUCUGAUGGAGUAA